CAUCAUCUUGACAUGUAAUAAUGGUUUAAUAUGUUCUUAUGUAUGAUAGCUGCCAGUGCCCGGGGCCUCGGGCAGCUAUCAGCUCGAGGCUUAAUAAAGGUGGAUAUUAAAGGGUGCACGUGUAUGUGGUUCUCACAUCCUGUACCACAAGAGAAAGAAAAGCAGCAAUCUAGCUGCCGUAACCUUCUCGAAUGCUUUCUUUCCCCUGGUCUAGCUCUCGAUACCAUUGGUCCAUUCACUUCCUGACUGGAAGUAGAAAAAGGGGCUUGGACUUCGUAAGCGUAUGCAACCGGAAGUUAAGUCAUUGUUGACUGGAGGAGUGUUUGGGUGUGUAUGCGUUAUUCUCUCAUACCAGAUGGUUUUACUUGCUCGGGACUGAAUUCCCUCAACUGACUCGACAAGUUAGUAGCCAGCCUGAGUCAUCGGCUCUCUUUCACCAAAGCUCUUUCUGCUGAACCGAGUCCUUCCACCACCAGGCAGCCAUUAAGAUCCAGACCUGCCUGGUGCCAUACCCUACUCCAUGCGCAUCCUAAAGUAGAUGCAGCCCCGCUGCAGAUGAGGAAGCAUGCUGGCUAUGGACCAAGGAGUGGUGGAGGAAUGGCUGUCCGAAUAUAAGACGCUGCCUGACAAUGCUGUGUCCAACUAUGCCGCAUCAUUGAAAGACAAAGGAGCACUGGUUCCUGCACUUUAUAAAGUCAUCCGGGAGAACUACAGCGACUUGCUGGAGCCCGUGUGCCACCAGCUGUUUGAGUUCUACCGGAGCGGAGAGCCCCGGCUGCAGCGCUUCACCCUGCAGUUCCUCCCGGAGCUGCUGUGGAGCCUGCUGUCGGCCAGCUCAGCCAGGGACCCGCACACCUCAGGCUGCAUCGAGGCCCUGCUGCUGGGCAUCUACAACCUGGAAAUUGUCGAUAAAGAUGGACAGAGUAAAGUGUUGUCCUUUACCGUCCCUUCGCUCUCAAAGCCGUCAGUGUAUCAUGAGCCUUCAACUAUUGGCUCCAUGGCCCUGACGGAAGGUGCUCUGGCCAAUCACGGGCUUAGCAGGGUGGCGUACAGCGGGCCACACAUCCAACGAGAGACCUUUACCGCUCAGAACAGGUUUGAGGUGUUGACCUUUCUCCUGCUGUGCUACAACGCUGCUCUCAGCUACAUGACCCCUUCCUCUCUCCAGGCUCUCUGCCAGCUCAGCUCUCGGGUCUGUAUAUGCGGUUACCCACGGCAACAGCUGCGGCGCUACAAAGGCAUCAGCUCAAGACUGACCGUCACGUCCGAGUUCCUGGUCCAGCUCAUCACAGGGAUUCACUACGCCUUGUGUAACGGAGAUGUAGAGGUGGGUUCCAAAGCCCUCGAUGACGUUCUGUACCGGGCUCAGUUAGAACUCUUCCCAGAAGCUUUGCUGGUGGGCAACGCCAUUAAGUCGUCAAUGCACUGUGCGGCGUUGAAGAGCAACAACAAGGAGGGUCCGCGCAGCAUCCAGGUGGAGAUCACGCCCACCGCCUCGCGGAUCUCCCGCAACGCCGUCACCUCCCUCUCCAUCCGGGGCCACCGCUGGAAGAGACACGAUGCUGUUGAUCUGGGUUCCCCGGACGAGCUGAUGGAGAUCUCAGAGGUGGAUGAAGGGGUGUGGCCGGGUCUGACGGCGCCAGGCGACGCGGCCACACCCACCAUCACCAUAAGCAACAGUUUCACCACGCCCAGCCUGGGGGCGCGGGCCAUGAAGAAGUGCCGGCUGGCCGGGCGCACCAGCAAGGACAAGGAAGCGGGCCAGGCGCCGGGGGGGCGGGCCACCAGCGAGAGCGCCGAGCUGUCCGUCAAGCGGCUGACGCUCACCUCCAGCCAAUCGGUGCCCAAGGCGGGGGCUCUGAGCAACCUGACGCGAACCGCCAGCGCCGUCUUCUCCCGCUCCUUUGAGGCCAGCAGCGCCCCGGUGCCCAACCACCUCCACCACCAUCACCACCACCACCACAUGCACCACGCAGGGUCAGACGCCGGCGUCCACGAGGCCGCCGCGCGCUACUCCUGCAGCAUGCAGGAGGAGGGGCUGGGGUACCUGAACCCCGGGCCCAGCCACUCGCCCCUCUCCACCAGCAUCAGCGUGCACCUGGGCCCCGACCUUUGAACCCCCAUGACCUGCAGAGCCCCCACGCCCCUCGUACCCCAUGUGACUUGUGAUUUGCAUCUGACCCCCGUACCAGCGACCUGGAGCUCCAAGCUAUGCUAAGUGCAAAUGACCACAAAGUAUUGAUUGGAGAUCUGCUCCUGUAUCACCUGCCACCAUGUUCCAAGUGUCUUUCCUGUCUCCCUAAACCCCCCCCCCCCCAUCUGUAGUGUUAACCCCAAAACACCCUUCUAGUCGGCUUCCAUAAGCUUAGCCCCCCCCCCCCCAACUAAAGCACCCCAAAAAGGGCCAGUCCUGGGCUUGACCGAUGGAGCCCGUCUGUACUUAACCAGUAGUACACCUCUUUCCCUCCUAAGGACAAAACGGUGUUCCUGCCCACUAAAGUCCUAUUUUAAACGAGCCGGGACACUGGGGAACCUUAUGCACAUAUUGCUAUAAACUGUGGUUUGAGAAGAUUUGUUAAAUGGUGUGUGUGUGUGUGUGUGUGUGUGUGUGUGUGUGUGUGUGUGUGUGUGUGUGUGUGUGUGUGUGUGUGUGUGUGUGUGUGUGUGUGUGUGUGUGUGUGUGUGUGUGUGUGUGUGUGUGUCUUUUAACGGUUUUUAGAAAAUUGGCUGCUGAUUGAUGUAACGAUCACGUUUCUUUUGUGAAAUGAAACUGUCUUUUCAUGAACUUCCUCAAAGUAACUGAUAGCAAUAGCAAUUGUUCCCAAAAGUAUCCUUCCUUUAAAAAGAAUCAAACCUGUGUUAACAAAUCUGUGGUUCAUCCUCUUCUUUAAACUUUUAAAAUCAACAAUUCUCCAGGUUUUCCUUUGCAUUCAUCAAAGUUAAUGGGUAUGGUUUAACAUUGUUGAGCUGAAAAGAAAAGCAGCAGGAGACCAACUGAUUCUUCGUGUUUACAAGUGGACAGUAUUGUCAUCGCCCUGUGGAAGCAAUAUUUAUGUCCUUUCUUUUUGUACUCCUCUAGUACCUUUUCUCUGAAUCGCUGUGUCCCAUAGCAGAAUAAAGUGUUUUACAAAUGGCAUUUUUUUUGAUUUUGGGCAGUUGUCUGAUGGAUAUCUUGUGUUCGAUGUUGCAAAGAGUGGGGCAAAAGCAUUGGAUCUGAAGUACUUUUCAUACUCGUACGAUAAACCAAACAAAUGGUACUCAUUUUGAAGUUUUGAACAUCCUCAUUGUUGAAGGCUUAGUGACAAACAAAUGUGAUAAUUUCCCAUGCCUCCAUGCCAAAGGUUCAAGAAACAUGUGUGAUAAGUCCUUAUUCUUUAAGAACGUUAUGUGUGAGGCUUUAGUCUUUUGGCCCCUUUAAGGUCAUUUCCGAGAGUGGGGAAUAAGAAGUUUACGAGGCAAUCUUGAUUCUGGUGCACUCCAAAUCACACCACAUCACACUCCCAAUGAUGGGGCUGAAGGUAAAUGUUUCCUUUAGUUUCCUUUGUGUAUUUGGUCACAUGGCAUAGUCGAAUUUCCACUGCAAGGACAAUGGAUUCAUAUGCAAUCCAUCUGCUUGUGUGGGUGUCCUUAAACUUGUUUCUAUCCAAACACACACUCCAGUGUGUUGUUCUUGAUGUAUUUCAGUAUGUGUUCCUAGGUGUCCACAUUUUGGUGGAAAAGUAAUAAGUAUCGUCUCAUUUUCUGGAGGGAAGCAUCACAUUUUUACAGCUGAUGGAGAAAUGUUUUUUCUUGUCGUACUAAAGGUGGUUUAUUUUGGCCUUCGUUUUCCUCUGAAAAUAACUUGAUGCUAGAUUGGAAUAAAGUGUGUCUAUUA